AUGACCAAGGCCGAAACGUUAUCCGAAACCGUGGAACACGGCCCUGGUUUGGUGGCCAGGGAGAAGCUCUACCUCUACAACUAUUUCAUCGUCGCCAUAAUCGCUAUCGGCGCGACCGCCUCGGGUAUGAUGACGGGCAUCAUGAGCACCGCCCUGGGCCAGCCAACAUUCCUCGAGUAUUUCCACUUUAACACGGCCUCCUCGCAUGACACGGCUCUUAUCGGCGCAAUCAAUGGCGUAUAUUUCGGCGGAGCCUUUUUUGGGUCCUUUAAUGCCAGCUAUGUCGCGGACCGUUGGGGACGGAAAACAGCUCUCAUGGUUACUGCUUUUGUGGCGACCGUAGGCUCCGGGUUAAUUGCAGGCAGCGUGCACAUUGCAAUGCUGCUUGUAUUCAGAACCAUCGCAGGUUGGACCUCAGGGGCCUACAUCACCAUUUGUUGUCUCAGCUUGUCCGAGCUGGCACCGCCACACCACCGAGGACUUAUGGUCGCCUUGGUCGGAAUUCUUAACUGUCUUGGCUAUGUUAUAUCGAAUUGGCUCGGCGUGGCUUUCUACUUUGUUCCGGCCGGCGGAGUCCAGUGGCGAAUCCCUUUUGCGUUGUGCUGCGUUCCUUCCCUGGUUGUCUUUGGUUCUGUUUCCUUCGUACCCGAGUCACCGCGAUGGCUCGUGAUGAAAGACCGACACUUGGAUGCCGCGGCCGUUCUAAACAAGCUUCACUGCAGGGUUGGCGACGAGCAGUCGCAAGACUUCGUGAGGCUUGAACUACAGCAGAUGAAACGCCAAAUAGAGUUCGAGCGCAACAACGAGAUCUCCUGGUGGCAAAUGCUUACGGCGAAGCAUUACCGGCGGAGACUCGUACUAUGCAUCAUGACUAUGUUGAUGGCUCAGUCCGCUGGCAAUGUUGUCAUCGUGGUCUAUGGCCCCGUCAUCUACGAAUCCCUUGGGUUCGGACCGGUCGCUCAGCUUUGUUUGACUGCAGGGUAUGCGACGUCGGGCAUGGUAGAUAAUUUCAUCGGAUCGUUCUUCAUCGACAGGAUCGGCAGAGUGAGAAUGAUGAUUAUCGGGAUCGUUGCGCAGCUCGUCUUGCUCGCGAUUGCCACAGGUUUGAUUGCCGCAUAUGCCGGCACUACCAAUUUUCCGGCACAGCGCGCUGUCGUCGCAAUCUUUUGGCUUUUCAUGUUAAGUUAUGGUGCCCUGGUUGAAGGGGCUGCCUUUACCUACAUCAGCGAGAUAUGGCCAGCUCACCUUCGGGCCAGAGGAUCUGCAAUCGGAAUUGCCACACUUUAUCUAAUCGACAUGGUCUACGUCGAGGCCUCCCUUUACGCGUUUUCGACGAUUGGAUGGAAAUUCUAUCUCACAUUCCUGGCUUGUGGAACCGUCUUCCUCUUUAUUUUCAUUCUUCUGGCAAAGGAGACCAAGGGAAAGCCCCUUGAGGAGAUAGGAAAGCUGUUUGGCGAUGACCUGAUUGUCAAGACCCAAGACGAAAUGAUCAAGGCCGAGAAGGAAGUCUUCGGAUGCGAAAAUUUGUAA